CUAAUUCCCAGCAUAAUAACUAAAUAAAAGCCUACAUUUCUUUUUUAAUUCUCUGAAAGAAAAAAAGAUCAACGAGAAGUUAGAAAACAGAGCUCAAAACAUGGAAAGAACAAACACAAGGGAAAUAAAUGAAUAAAGUCGUAAACAAAUAGAGCCGACUCCAUCUACUCUCUAUCAAAGCUUUGAUCUUCCGUUUCAAAGAAAUUAGGGCUUUUAAUAAUAUCCGUUCACAUGACAGCAAAUAAAUUCUCAUUCCAGAUAGGGUUCCGAUACAUGGUUUGGAUAUCGGUAAUUACUUGAAGUGUGAAGAGUAGCAGAGUCUGGUUCGAUUAUUUGGAGGAGUUGGGCCUUGAAAAAUGGAGGAUCAAGAAGCUUUACCUGAUGAUAUUUCUGUACCCUUGGUAAGGGGAGUUAAAGCAGAAGAAGAUGACGAUGACUUUCAGAGCUGCUGUGAAGAUGAUGAGGUAUGGAAGGAAACUGAAGAGGUGGUAAAGGAAGAAGAAAAGAAAGAGCUUGAUGAAUUUUUAGUGGAGAUGUUCUUCAAGGGCAUCUCUUUAGCUGAAACUGGAGACUCCAGUUCUGGGUUUUCUGGAAUUGGGGUGGUUAUGGAGAGAUCAGACAAUAGAGCUGUUAUUCAAGUGCAGAAAAAGCUCGACUUCUAUGUGGAGGAAUCUGUGGCUGAUUAUUUAGCCUUAAUUGAUGGGUUGACAGAGGCUAUGCAGAACAAGAUUUGUCGUGUGUAUGCCUUUACUGAUUCCACAUUGCUAUAUGAUCAGAUUACAUGUGAGGACAAACCCGAUAAUCCACUUUUGGUGGCUCUACGGGAAAGAAUCUUGGAACAUUCCCGUAAUUUGGAAGAGUUCGUUCUGAAACUUGUUCCAAGCGCCAAUCUUUUGAGGCCAUUGCAGCUAGCACAAGUAGCAAUUGGAGUUGUUUCUUCUCCUGCCAAGGGAGAUAAAUCAUUUCAGAAUUGUUCCAUUUGCCGUGAGGACAAGCCAUCUUUGAUGAUGAUUACCAUGAAGUGUUCCCAUAUAUUCUGUUCCCAUUGUAUGAGAACAUAUGUAGAUGGUAAACUGCAGUCGUCCCAAGUCCCAAUCAGGUGCCCUCAGUUAAGAUGCAAAUAUUACAUCUCCACCGCUGAGUGUAAAUCAUUUCUUCCGCUUGCUUCCUACGAGUCUUUUGAAAGAGCCCAGGCAGAAGCAAAUGUUCUUCACUCAGAUGGAAUAUACUGUCCUUAUCCAAAUUGUUCUGUCUUGCUUGAUCCUCGUGAAUGCUUAUCAACUGGGACAAGUUCAUCUAGUCAAUCAGAUAAUAGUUGUGUUGAGUGCCCUGUUUGCCAAAGGUUUAUAUGCAUGAAAUGUGGAGUUCCAUGGCAUUCAUCAAUGAGUUGUGAAGUGUAUCGGAACCUCCCUCUUGAGGAAAGAGAUGCUGCAGACAUCACCUUGCAUCUCUUGGCACAAAACAAGAGGUGGAGGCGGUGCCAGCAGUGCCGUAGGAUGAUUGAACUUGCUCAAGGUUGCUAUCACAUGACAUGCUGGUGUGGGCACGAGUUCUGUUAUUCUUGCGGUGCUGAGUACAGGGAUAGUCAGCAGACCUGUCAAUGUGCCUUUUGGGACGAAGACAACUAUGAAGGAUUGGUCACCCAUUCUGUCCUCGAGUCGGAACAAUGGGCUUGGGAGACUUUCAAUUCACUCCCAAUGAUCAUGGAUGCAUACUCAGACCAAGAAAGAUCACAGCUGGCACUAAUCCAAAGAUUCCUUGCUGGGGGUUUCAGUCUUAGUGACCAUAAUCCAUAUCAAUCCCCACCCCGCUGUACAGAUUCCUAUGUCGAUGCCAUGAAAGACCUCCGUCAGUUUCCUUGGCUCGAGAGAUUUGUCUCUGUAAUAAGUGACAACUACUAUGAAGACUAUAUCCAAUGAAGCCAGUGUGGAUGAUCUCAAUGUUAGGUAAUAAGUUGCUUUUCAGUUCAACAAGGUUUACAAGAGAGACAGUUUCUCACUCUAUUGGCUCUGUUUUUCAUUU